GUCAGAGAGCGGACGAGGCUUUAUAAAUCGCGAGGAUGUUCGCCAGCGCCGAACCAGUGACACCUCGGCCGCGAUCGAUCGUGCUAGUGGUACACGGACCGUUCCAACGACCACGUGCUCGCGAUACAACAUCCGCGGGUAUCGAUUUCCCUUCGAAAUUCGAGAAUUGUCUCGAUUCUUUAAAGCUCCAUAUUGCUCGUACGUAGAGUGGACAAGUAUACGGUAUACGUAUAUACCGUAUAUACAUAUACAUAUAUAUGCGGGAAAAGUGCUUGUACCGCUCGGUAUAAGGUUUUUCGAAAAAGAGUGGUGUUUGUUACGAUCGGAAGAGUAUUUGGGGAAUAUUUUCGUCUUUAAUGUUAGAUCGCUGUUAAAAGGAUCAUCGUUCGUCCAAUAUCAAUCUCAAUCUCUAAUUCCACAACAUACACAACGAAGAGAGAGAGAGAGAGAGAGAGAGAAGAGAAAAAUGUAAUAAAAUUGAUUGACCGGCAAGGAAGGACCGAAGAUCGAUGAAAAGAAGUAUGCAGCCAGGGAUGAGGGUGGCCCUGGCCACCACGUUCUGGCUGGCUGUGCUCGUGGCGGGGACAGUCGGCCACCAUCCCGCCGGUCGCCUUAUCUUCGAUCAAUACUCCUCCCCCUUCGACCCGCACCAGUAUGGAGUUUAUCGAAGAGCCGGGGGCCAACCGGACUGGAAGGAUCAGGAUCCUGUCGAGAAGAAUCACCCGUUCGACCCUUCGAUCAAUCCGCCAAGGUCGAUCACCAACACUGGCCACGACGGACAAUCUCACCGCCACGGGACCAAAUAUACCUCAGUCGACUUCUCCCCUUCUUCGCCCUCGAACAAACGGAUCCUCAAAUCCAAGGAGAGCUUAUCGAGACUCGAGGAGUCCUUCGUCGCGGACGACACGUUCCAGGACCAGGGGCCCGGCUCCCUCGAGAUAUACAAACUGGACCUGCUGCGGGAGAGGCCUCUCCUCCACGGCCACCAGGUGACCAUGUUCCCCUCCGACAACAAAGGGAAGAGCAAAGCUCCCAAGAAGACCGGCCACGCUGAAACUUGGAAACCUAAACCCGACUACCUGCCCAUGCUGCUCCGCAAACAGUCGAACACGUUCGACGAGCCGAGCACAGAGGUGCCCCCGUUCGGCGUAGGUGGCGUGCCAGAGUUGCAGGUAGGCUGCGAGGGCCUCGAGGCCGCCCACUACAAGGAGAGGAGGUCGAUAGGGGAGGGGGGAGGGAGGGACAACGAGGCAAGGGAUCCCUGGAUGCUCGACGUGACGCCUAUAACCUUGGACCUCGACUACGAGGCAGGUGGAGAGGAGGAGGAGGAGGAGGAGGAGAUGGACGAACUGUUGAAGCUGAAGAGGCUGGAGACGACCACGGACGGGGUGAAGAGGAACAGGGGAGACAUGGACGCGAAGCUCCACUCCGAGUUCCACUCGGAGAAAGGCGCGGAGAAACUGCCCGUGCGAGGAGAUUUAGGCUCCAGCCUGAAAAACGGCACACGGAGGAUCGACGCUUUAUCCUCCUCCUCCUCCUCCUCCUCUUCUCCUCCUAGUCGCAGGAUAUUGUGGACGGAGGAGGAGGAGGGGGAGGGGGAGGGAGGGCGCGAGAAACGGGCGCUCUGGGGCUUCGGGGAGAGCGAGGGGGUGGUGGGGAGCGAGGAGCUGCAGACGGAGAACCAGAGGCGGAGGAUGUAUGAGGAGAGCAGGAGGAGGGAGGGGGAGAGGAGGAGGGUCGAGUCGGAGAUAGAGAGGAUCAGGGGCGAGUACGAGGGGAGCUUGGAGGAGAGGCGGAGGGAGGAGGAGGAGAGGCAGAGACGGUUGAACAGGUGGCAGCUCGAGGAGCGUGACGGGAGAGAGAGGCAGGGAGAGGAAGAGGCGAGGAGGAGGUUGGAGGAAAGGAAGAGGGAGUGGUUGUCGAAACAGAGGAAGGAGGAGGAGAGGAGGAGAGACUCCAAUCUAAUCGCGGAGGAGAGGGAGAGACAGAGAAAGUUGGACGAGUCUCCUCCUCCUCGUCAUCACCAUCAACAUCAUCAUCGAUAUCAACAAGAACAAAAAAGGAAGGAGGAGCAGGAGCGUAAAUUGCUCGAGUACGUUCGAAGGAACCAACCUGUCCACCUGUCGAACGACUCUCACGACAGGAGUUUGGCGGAGCAGAGGAGGAGGAUGGAGGAGGUGAGGCGGAUAUACAAUCCGGGAAACGGGAGAAGAAAUCACGGUCCAUCCGCGAAUAUCGAUCCGAGGUCUUACGUGGAAGAAGGCAGGAGGAGGAUGCAGGAGGAGGAGGAGGAGGAGAGGAGGCGGGGGAGGGAGGAGAGGAUGAGGGAGGCGGAGAGGCGGGAGGAGGAGGAGCGGAGGAGGAUGUCUAGGUGGUACGAGGGGGAGAGGAGGAGGAAGGAGGCGGCCAGGCUGGAGGCGGAGAGGAUGGCCAAGGUGCAGAGGGAGGAGGAGGCGAGGAGGGCGGCGGGGGGAUACGGGAGGCGAGGACUCGUAGACGAUCACAGAAGGAGGCAGGAUCUUGUUCCGGCCAAUUUGGUUUUGAACGAGACGAGGAGGAGGCCCGUUGUCGUCGAGCGCGCGAGACAAAGGCAGGAGGAGGUGGAGAGGAGGAGGCAGGAGGAGAGGAGGGCAAAGGAGGCGAGAGAGAGGGAGGAGCGCGACAGAGUCAUGAAAGAGCAGUGGAGACGACAGGAAGAGGCGAGGUUGAACGCGUUGCCUGUGAGCGCGAGAAUAAUAGUCCAACCUCAGAAGCCUAGGCUUGUAUCGAGGAUAGGAGGGAUCGAUAUCGAUUUCCUGGGAGCUAAUCCAUUCCAAGGUGGAGUACGUUUCCCCAACUUUCCAGCCCCACCCACUCGACGACCUGUGCAAAGUCCUCCGCCCUGCGUCUGGGCUGUUAUCCAAUGUUGUCCAUCGAAUCAACGUCUGGUCACAUGUUUCGAGUCGUUGGGCUGUCCAGGUGUCAAUUGGGAUUCUAAUCCUUGCAGAGAUAGCGUCUCUCAAGCAGCUAGGGCACAGGUGGAGAAAUUCUACAGGGAAACCGAGGACGAGGAGGAACGUUAUUGAAAGGGGAACCGAGAAAUAUGUAGAUUGGUAGAUUCCAUUUUUUUAGUAUAUUUUGAUGAGUGGGGUCGAAAAAUUCAACGAUCAGAAUUAAAGAAUUUUUUUUCGAUUAAUUUGGAACGAUAUAUCGACAAAUGGAAUUUUCAAAAUUUUAAGUAACCAUUAAUUUUAUCAUUUUGAUAAAAAAAAAAAUCAUUAUAGGAAUAAUAAAAUGGAAACGUAAAUUUUCGAUCAAAUUUUUAUUCAAUUUGCAACUUUGUUCGAGAAGAAAAAUAAUUCGAUCUGCUCUCAUCAAUAUUUUUAAAUAACAAAAAUAACCUAUGACACGUUGGAAGAAGAGCGCCGCUUGUGUUCUUCGUAUUCUUAGAACGAUUUAUAACACGAUAGAUCCGCCAUUUUUCUAUUCCGGAUUGCACGACGCGAGCCUUUUUAAAUAUAACAAAGCGAACGAUCGCGCCAACAAUGAUUUCGAAAUCAUCGUUGCAUUGUUCCCCUUAUGAAAUCGAUGGAUCAGAAAUUUGGCGAACGUUUUAAAAUAUUUUUUUUCCUUUUUUUUUUUUUUUAGAAAUCUCUCUUCGAUAUCGGAAUAUAAAAUAUUUCGAAAUAUACAUCGAAGCGUAGAAAUAUAAAACUUCGAGAAAAAGUAAAAAAAAAAAUUCGAACAAUUGUGAAAUGCUCUGUUAAAAUAUUCGACGAAUUUUAAUUAAUAAAAUAUAGCGUGCAGUAUUUGCCCGGAAUUUUUUCAGCUCUGAUGAUAGCUCAUCUCCUGACGAAUUAUAUUUCAAUACCAUCUUGUACAUCACUUCUCGUCGUGUGUAUUAAAAUUUAAUGGAUAUUCUGCAGUUUUCAAAUGUUUUACUACCUGACAAAAAAAAAGAAUUAAUUUUCUAUUUUCUAUUUAUGUACAAGAAAAAUAAUAUUCUUAUUCCGAAAUAAGAUAUAAUAAUAUUUAUAUUUACAAUAAUAAUAACAACGAUAACAUAUAAAUAAAAAGGAAAAAUAUAUAUAUAUAAGAAUAAAUCGGUUUGACCGGUUAAAUAAGCAAUAACAAGAUCCAUUAAAUCGUUCCAUGCCCUCGACAGAAGGACCAAACGAAAUAGGAAUCGUUCUGCUUUACAGAGCUUGAUACAAUUCCGGGAGGGAGCCAAUAUUCAACAGAGAGUAACUGAUCGUUUAGUAUUGGCCGGUUGCCAAUUUCGGUGCCGAGUCGGUAGCGUGUAAAAAUAUAGCGUGUAAGAGAGAGAGGGAGAGUGAAAGAUGCAUAGAGUAUGCGCGAAUGAGAGAGAGAGAGAGAGAAACGCGACAUAUGUUCACGUCAUAGACGCGCACGUGCUAUUAAGCAUGUUCGCUUUUUGCGUAUAUAACGAAUGUAGAGUUAUUAACUGUACGUAUUUUGUCUUUUUCCCUCUUGUACGUAGUCGUCGAGCUAUAUUACCGCAGCUUUCUCACAUGUGAUAUAAUAGAUAGGCUCUUAAUUAGCUGUAGCUGUAGUGAACGUAUUUAUCUCUGUACGAGGAAACAGAUAUUCGACGAGUAUUAUUAUUUGUGGAUCGUGUCAAAAAUUGUUUCGAAAGUUUGUAUAUUUUGGAAAGAGGAUUUAUUUUAUUAACAAUCUUUGUGUGCAUACGUGUAUAUUUACAAAGAAAGAAAGAAGGUAUAAUGUGGUAUAACGUGUAUAGUAAAUUGUGCAAGGAUACUUUACUGCCGUUUCCUUAGUUAAAAGAAACGUUUCAUCUUUUUUCUUUGCUACAUUAUUGUCGAAAGAAAUGCGCAGACUUUGAGACUCUACAAAAGCACGUAGGACUUUUUUUAACUUUUUAUUUUGAGAAGAAGCAUAAAAGUUCAAAUUGAAAAAUUUCAAUUUGACACAUCAAUUUCGAAGACAAUUUUCAAUAUAAAAUUGCUCGAUAUAUGUGGAAGAAUAUUAAAUAGGACAUUUCAAUUAAAAUCACUAUAGACUUUCUGAAAAGCAUGCAACAGAAUUUUUUAAUCUUUUUUGCAUUUUGAAAUUUAAUAGAAUUUCAAAUGUUUCAAUACGCAAGAUUGAAAAAUAAAUAUUUCGAUAUUGUAAAAUUUUCCAGUAUAUGAAAAAUUGAAAAAUACGUAAAAUUUUUAUAAUAUAGAAAAUUGAGGAACAGAAAAAUUUUAAUUAAGGAAGGCAGAUGGAAUAUUAAUAUUUCUUGUUUCUGAUUUUAAAUAAGAUCGAUAUUUUUCCAAUUAUUGAAAAAAACAAAUAUGUAUAAAAAUAUGUGAUCGAAGUAAUGAAAAAAGGAUUUCAGAGAUUUUUAGCUCGUUGUAACAUAUAUUUAACAUUUAACUAUGUAAUAUACGUAAUGAUUCUUUAUAAAUACGAAUAUCUAACGCAAUCUCGAA